GGGGCAGGGCCGAUCCCGGCGCACAAAGCCCGGGGGCCGGCGGGGUCCGUGCUGCGGUCGCGGUCGUGUCGCGGCGCCAUGGGGCUGGCGGCGGCGCGGGGCUGGGCGCUGUCCCCGCUGUCGCCGGGCCCGGCGGAGCGCAGCCGGCCCUACGCCGUGCUGCAGCACCAGAACCUGGUGCUGCUGGGCAGCAUCCUCAGCGCUCUCCUGCUCACCAUCAUCCUCAUGGCCAUCUGCGUGUACCGGCCCGUCCGGCGGCGGUAGCGGCGAGGGACCCGCCGGGAUAUCGAGGGAAUGCUGCAUCCCACCUGGUUCUCCCACCUGGCAUCCUCCAUCCCAGCCCUGCCGCUUCUCCAGCCUGGUACCCUCCAUCCCGCCGCUGCUCCGGUCCCGCCCGCUUCUCCCAUCCGCUCCCCACCAUCCUCCCGUCGGCUGUUGGGGAUGCCCUGAGGAUGCGAGGGUGGAUUUUCAGCCCGUGCUGUAUCACAUGGCUCCAUCGUGAUGUUGCAUCCAACAAUGGUCCGGCCGGGGGCUGGAAAUCGCCCCCUUCCUCAGCGAACAGACUCCCGGAGCUCCUGGGGGCGUGUCGGCAGCAAAYCCGUCUGGUUUGGAGCGGCUUCCUCCGAAAUCACAGCUUUUUGGCGAGGCUGAUCCGACCCAAAAUGUGCUCGAGAGCAUCCCCGGGGCGGGCAGGCACCCGGGGCCUGCGUUGGCAACAAGAACAGGGCCAGACUGGGGACAUUGUCCGAGGAGCAGCUCCACGUGCUCGGUCACACCACGUCUGCUUUUUACUUUCUGAUUAAUUCAGUUCCUUGUUUGAAUGCUGAGUCCURGGGGUUGGAUGGRGCUUGGAAUAACCUKGGCUAGYGGGGGGUGUCCCUGUGUGUGGCAGGGGGUGGGACUGGAUGGGAUUUAAGGUCCYAUUCAAAAAUAAUCCAAAGGCCAAAGCUCAUUGACCCAUCCCAGCGGUGGGUGGGAGGGUCUGGUCUGUUCUCUCUGAUGCAUGACCCGAUCCUGGUGUAGCUCUCCCGGGCCAGGCUUGUUAUUCCCAACAUUAUUGCUUUAACUCCUGGCUAGAAAACCCCAAAUAGCCUCACAUCCAACAUCAGCCCUGCUGAACCUGUUGGAACUGGGGUGCAGGUGAGGGAUGCCAGCAUCUCCUGGUCAUUGUCCUCCUGGAAACAGGAGCCUCCAAAGGUCUGCAAGCCAGGCAGCUGCUCUGGAAGUGUUUGAGCUCCAGCCAGACSCAUUUUAUGCAGUUUCAGUAACAAGUGUUUACACUGAAUCCCACUUCCAUACGGAUGCUGCUAUUUUGUUUUGCACUGCUACAAGUAGUAACUGGAUUUUACUAAUUAUUACUUUGAUAUUUAACAUAGGGGUGUUUUGCUUAGUAAUUUAUUUAGAGUUUUAAAAUGUAACUUCCUGACCAAUUGUUGUUCACCUGUUCUCUAAGUCCUUUUGCUGCAUCCAAGGUGUUUUCUGUUCUAUUUGAAGGACACUGAGUGCUGGCAUUGAACAGGGCUUUUCUUUCUGUUCAGUGAAAUGACAGAGUGAGCCUGGCCUCGAACAGAUGGAGUUAUUAAUCCUAGAGUGAGGAAGCAAGGCAGCACGGUUCUAUUGCUUUCUGCUCCUCCUUUUGCUCUUGUGUCCCUGAUUUUUCUCAGUCCUUCAUCGCUGUGAAGCCUGGCCUGCAGCCUGUGCUGCUCGUGGGGGUGGAUGGUGAAGCUCACAGCCCCAGCUYGGCAUUCCCAGGAGCAGAAUUCCUGUUUGCUCUCAUUCCUCACUCCCUGCUCUGCCUCUUUGUACAAAUAAAACGCUCAGUAAACAAUCCAGGCUCUUAUUUA